CUGGGCGGGCUAGAGCGUCGCCUUCCGCCUGUACAGCCGCGUGAGUGACCUUCUCGCGCCCACCGUGAUGCUGGCUGCGGCUGCUCGCCCCCUGCGGGGGCCGUGUUCGAGGUUCCGGGCCGCGGCCCUGCUCCAAACCAGGCUGCCAUUAUUAGGUAUUUGUGCCCUGAGGCUAAUGAGAAGCAGCUGCCAUCAAAGAAGAAGUGAAACUCUGACCGGAGCCACUCUGGACAAUGCCCCCAAGCAGUACCCUCCUAAGAUUCAGCAGUUAGUACAGGACAUCGCUGGCCUCACUCUACUGGAAAUCUCUGAUCUCAACGAGUUAUUGAAGAAAACGCUGAAGAUCCAGGAUGUGGGGCUGGUGCCAAUGGGUGGCAUGGUGCCAAAUGGUGCUACUGCAAAGGUUUCCCCUGAGGCAGCAGAUGAGGAAGAGGCACCAAAACAGAAGGAACGAACACAUUUCACUGUUCGGCUGACAGAAGCCAAGCCUGUGGAUAAAGUGAAACUAAUCAAGGAAGUAAAGAAUUACAUACAAGGCAUAAACCUUGUCCAGGCAAAGAAGCUGGUAGAGUCCUUACCCCAGGAAAUCAAAGCCAAUGUUGCCAAAUCAGAAGCAGAGAAGAUUAAAGCAGCCUUGGAAGCAGCUGGUGGCACUGUGAUUUUGGAGUAGGAGUUUGGGGUUCUGGAGGACUUGUGCAAAGUGGGGUUUAUUCCAGUCCAGUCUGACCACUUGGGCAGUUGCCCCAUGUGUAUUACUGCCUGCAGACCCGAACAGAUGUGCUUAACCAGUGUGGGUAGUUUGAGCUUUCCAGGGGACUCUGUUCUGGGAGGGAAAGGGAGGCCCAUCUGUCCCAGGCCCUUUUAAAAGACUACUGUGAAGAAGGACUCUGUGGCACAUAAGAGUGGGGAGCAAGUUUGUUCAAACGGUAGUCUAUGAGGAAAAUAUAUUAUUAUCCAGACUUCCAGUGUGUUUAGAAUUGUGUGCUGAAGACCAGCGACAGGCAGCCAAGAAUUGGCACAGCAGUAUCUUAAACUACUGAAGUCGGAUGUUGUGGGGGAUAACCUAGGUUUGUAUGGUGGUCUGGGCCCUAAGUCUACCUGCCUGUCCUCUUUGUUGUGGUACCAGUUAAACGCUGUAUUUCUCAAGUCCUUAAGGGAAGGUACUUCAUUGUCAUUUUCAUCCUUUGUAAUGUCUGUGGUACAGUGACACCACCCCCUCAGCAAGCUUAUAUUCUAAUUGGAGGGACAGUACGUAUACAUAUAUAUUUAACAAUACAAGGUAUCAGAGGACAUGGGACAGACAGGUGUUACAGGAGUUAUGAGAGCUUGAUUGAUUACUCAGAGUAUAGAGAAGGCUAUCUGGGAAAGAUAAGGUUCAAGAAAGACCUUCAAGGGUUGGACUUACAUAAAUAGAGAAAGAAGGCAUUUCAAGCAGAAGAAUAGUGGGGGCAAAAUAGGGGCAAAAGUGUUCUGGAUGUAUUUAGGGGAAGGUAAGUAGAUUAGAUUGGCUGGGCAGCUAUAGAGGGUAAAUGGGGAAAGUUCUGGAAGGCCUUGAAUCCCAAGCUAAGGAGUUUGGGCUUUUAAUUCAACCACAGAUGUGAAAACUUGAGGGAAUGGGAGUAGAUGCAGCUUUUGUAAGCGAAUAAAGUUGAUCUCACCCCUAGAAACUGAUCCAGUUUUAUAACUAACUAAGCUGAGCUCAGCUCUAGGGAUGAGUCCCUGGGUGGCGCUUCUCUAAAUUCAGAAGGGAUCAGGACCUGUAUGCACCAUAGUAACUUAACCAGACUAGGCCACUGCUGCCCAGCUUUGAAAGAGGGACAUGUGUCUGACAAGGCAGCCUGGGAGGUUCAGCAGACAAGUGCUACAGGAAUUAGGAGGCAUUGGAUCACCUGGAUUGUAGGAAAGUCUUCAGAAGAGAGAAAAAGUCAUCCAAAGCUUCCCAAUCUCAGGGCCUUAUAUCUGGGGCCUUGCCCAGAUUUUCCCCCUGGUUCCUUUUAUGUAGUUACUGAAGAGUUAAUGAUUUGCCUAGCUGGGCUGGGGGCAUCUGACCCUUCCCUGAGUCUUCCUGUUUGCUCUCUGGGGUGUGACGGUUCCUUGCAAGGUGACUGUCCAGAGCAAGGGUGAAGCUAACCAUUCUCUGGCUUCUAUUUCCUGGGCUAUUUAUGUCCAGGAACAGAGGUAUAAACAUAAAAAUCAAUACUGAAGGCAAGGCUUAUGCCCAAAUCUCAAGCCGCUCUAUAUGUUGAUCACAACUGGUCACAGUUGUGCUUCCUCCUUUCCCAAACUCAGUUCCUGGUAAUGGGGACACUUUCCUUUUGCCAUUUUUACUUUUAUCCCUGAACUUUGGGUGAAUGUAAAACAAUCUCAGUUUUAACGCACUUCUAACCUGAACAAGAAUAUAUAUAUAUAUCUAGGAAGUAGUCAUUCAGCCCUUUAAAAAUUGGGAAGGAAACCCAUUACUUCCCAAAAUAACUCAUUUUACCUAAUGAGAUUUUUCCUUAUAUCAAACCUAAAUCUUUACAACAUUAAAACCUACUACUUCUGCUUCUCCCCUCAGGCCAGGCAAUUCCUAGUCUAAUUGCACUUCCAAGUGACAGACCUUCAUAUAUUUGAACACCAGCUCUCUUGUAUCCAUUCACCACCCUCUGAGACUCUUGUAUCAAUUGUUUCUAUUCUUUAUGCUAAACAUCCCCAGUUCCUGCAGCUGAUCCUCAUAUACCUCGACCUUGAACAGCAUUUUGAUUGUUCUCCAGACUGUCUUCAGCAUGUUAAUGGUCCUCCUAGAAUGUGCCCACCACUGAACAUAAUACUCCACAAGUAGUCUAGGUGGGAGUAAGGCACCCUGUACCCGAUGACAGCAUGGCUCCCUUCAUGUAGCGUAAGAUAGCAUUAGCUUUUUUGGAGCUGUCAUAGCCUAUUUAUGGAGCUUGCCAUUUAUUCAAACCCUCACAUCUUUUCCAUCUACACCUCCCCCAUUUUUUCUUGUGAAGUAUAAGAAUUUAUCCCUAUUAAAUUUCAUCUUACUAGAUUUGGCUCAACAAUCUAUCCUUUAAAAAUCUUGGAUCCUAUUAUUACCCAGUUAUAUGUCAUCUUCAAAUGUGAUAAGUGUGGUGUAUGUGCUUUUCUAUACAUAUUAAAUAGCACAGAGCCAACUAUAGAUCCCUUAGGCUAGAGACCUUCCAAGUUGAUAUCAAACUAUUAGUGACUACUUUUUGGAUCUAGUUAUUCAACUUCUUAAUUUACCUCUUAUCACAUAUCCCAUAUACGUGAUCAUUAUCACAAGGAUUGUGUAAUCAUUUGUCAAAUACGUUUAGUAACCUUAUUUUGAAGAAAAGGGGAACAAGGCUGAUCUGACACAACCUGUUUUGGAUGAUGCUGGGCUGGAGCCUUGAAAUCCUUUUCAUAAAAUACAUGCUACGAUUUAGCCAGGAAUUAAACGUCAAGCUCACUGGCCUAUAUCUUUACUGACUCAAUUCUAGACUUUUUUUUUAAAUCAAGGCAUUUGUCUGCCUUGGCACACCUACUGUUUGACUAUUUCUCUAAGCCCACUUUGGGUAACAGCUCUGUAUUCACUAUUUUCAUUAUAUCUUUUUGAGUCUAGAGUUUAUACUAAGUAGAGAAAAUACGCUAAUAUGAAUUGAGGUGCUUUCGUUUCUUCAUCUGUUGUAGUCUGUCUAACCUAAGUAGCAGGCAUUUCCACUUUUCCCUGAGCUUUAAAACCAACCCUUUUUGUUCAAUAACAGCCUGUCAUUGAUAGGGAUUUGGAUGUUGGUUCUGUUAUUUUUGGAGAGUCCCUAUGUCUUAAGAUUGAGACACCAUUAGCUAGUACCAAGUAGCCUAGUGUCCCCAGGAAGCAGAAGAAGGAUUAUCGUAGAAACUUGGAAGCUGGAAGGCACCUUAGAGGCUAAUCUCUCCUCUAGUGCAGAAACCUCCUGUACAGGGUUUUAGGUAACCUUUUCUUGGUAACUUUUUCUUUUUUAAAGAAUGAGGCACUCAUUUAAGAAUAUAUCUUUUUUGAUGCUUUUUUUUUUACAUAGUAUUCAUUUCUGAAUAUGUCCCUUUCCCCUCCUUCCUGUUUAGUAAGCUAUUUCUUGUAACAAAGACUUAAAAAGAGAAAGAAAAAUAUAGUUCAACAAGACAUCUCUACCUACUUUUUAAGGUAGCAUAAAAUAAGAAAUUUUAUUUUUCUAUCAGUCCUAACUCUUAGUUUUUUCACAUGGAGUAGAAAUCUGCCUCCCUUCAACUUUUUCACUCAUUGGUCCCUUUGAAGCCAUACAGAAUUUAAUCUAUUCCCACUUCCUCAUUACAGCCUUUGAAAUGUUUGAAGAGACUAUCACAUCUCCUUCCCCAAGCUAAGUAUUCCUUCUUUUCUCAUAUGGCAUUAUUUCUUUUCAAAAUGUGCCCAGAGUUGAAGACAGCAUGGCAGAAGUGCUCUGGUCAGAGUGAGUACAAGGGGACUCACCUCCUUUAUUCUGGAUAAUAUACCUCUAUUAAAGCAGCCUAAAUAUUGUAUUAGGUUUCUUGGCAGCUCUAACUCCCUGAUGACACAUAUAAGCUUACAGUAAACUAAAGUUGACAUGCAUUUUUUUUUUAAAGCUAGGUCACUUUCACAUUUUCUAUUAAAUUAGAUUUUGAUAGUUGGGGCCUAUCUCUGACCUGCUGCAAUCUAUUCUGAAUCAAAAUCCUGGCUUCCAGCCCCACUAACUGGCCCUUUUAACUCUUAAAAAGCAUUCCUGCUAUGUCAAGAAGCUUGAUAUAGUGGACAUCUGGAAUUGGGGUCAAGAGACUUGGCUUCAUAUACCAGCUCCGAGCAAGAUGCGUAACAAUAGUCAAAAUUAGUUAACUCCUCUGAACCUCAUUAUUCUCAUCUACAAGGUUGAGAGAGACCACAAGAUUAGCACUACCUUACUUGCAUGAUGGUUGUGAGCUCUCUUGGGUAUUUAAAUUCCUAUUUUAUGUCUUGUUGAUGAGUGCUGAACAGGACAGGACUAAGAAUAGGCACUGGGAACACUCUUAUUUGAGACAGCCAAAUAAAAUUUAAGAUGAGUACUUUU